AUGGCUGAGAAAACUGAAACGAAGAUUGUUAAACAUGCGAAGAAUUUAACAGAAUUUCCACAAGAAGAAGUAAAGAAAGAAAUAAAGACAGUUGUUUUAAUAGAUGUAUCAAUGAAUCGUAUUCAAGAAAUACCAUCACAAAUUAAUUCAAUAGCAAAAUUACAAAAAUUUCGAGGAAAUGAUAAUAUGAUUAAAACACUUCCAAGUCAAAUAAAUAUUCCUAGUCUUAAAACUUUAGAUUUAUCAAGUAAUCAUUUAAAAAGAUUUUGUAAGUCAAUUAAAUUAACGUCACUUACAGAAAUUAAUUUAUCUAUUAAUCAAAUAACUAAAAUUGAUGAUGAUUUUGGUUCUUUACAUGCUUUAAGAUUUAUGGAUUUAUCAAUUAACCGAAUUCAAAGUGUACCAAAACAUUUAUCUAAAUUAACUAGUCUUACAUUUAUUGAUAUUUCUAAUAAUUUAUUAACAUCAUUCCCAACACCUUUAUUAGAACUUUCAUCAUUAAUUGUAUUGAAAGUAAAAGAAAAUAAAAUUACAACAAUUCCAAAUGGUAUGUCUAAAAUGAGUAAUUUACAAAUUCUUGAUAUUUCUAAUAAUAAGAUAGAUAAAAUUACACCAUCAUUAUGUAAAUUAACAAAAUUAUCUGUAUUAGAUGUUAGUGCUAACCCAAUUAAUGAAAUUAAUGAUCAAAUUCAAAAUUUAACUACAAUUAAAGAAAUUGAUAUUUCUUAUUCACCAUUAAAAACAUUACCUAAAUCAUUUAUGUCACUUGUUGGACUUCGUAAAUUAACAUUACAACAUACAUCAGUUAAAGUACCACCAGCUGGUCUUCAAAAAUUUACUAAAGUUUCAGAACUUAAUUUAUCUAAUGGAGAAUUUGAAAAAGUUACAGAAUUACCAUGUUCAGGAGAUAUAGAUUUAAGUUGUAAUCAAAUUAUUGAACUUGAUUUACCAGAUAUGGAAUAUUCAAUUCAUAAAUUAAAUCUUGGACAAAAUAGAUUAAAAGAUUUUCCUAAUAUUAAAUGUUUAAGAGAAAUUAAAACAUUAAUUCUUCAAAAAAAUAUGCUUGGAAGUAUUCCAUUAGAAAUGUUUACUGGAAGUUCAUUAACAGCAUUAGAUUUAUCUUCUAAUUCAUUUAAUGCAUUUCCAAUGUCUAUUACAACAUGUACUAAUUUAGUAGUAUUAAAUAUGUCAAAUAAUUAUUUAGAUUCAUUACCAGAUAUUUCAUAUAAUUGUUUUGCUAAAUUAGAAGCAUUAUUAUUAGGAAUUAAUAUUAUUGAUAGAUUACCAGAAACUAUGAGUGAAUUAACUAAUCUUACAACAUUACAUCUUGAACAUAAUAAAUUAUCAAAAAUUCCUGAAUCAUUAUUCUCUAUGACUAAAUUAGUAGAAUUAUUCUUAAAUUGUAAUCAAAUUCCAGAAUUACCAGAAAAAUUUUCAUUAUUAACUAAUUUAGAAAUUCUUGAAUUAAGUUGUAAUUAUAUUAAAGAAAUUACACCAAUUGUUAAUUUAGUUGGAAUAAAAGAUCUUGAUCUUUCAACUAAUCAAAUUGAAAAAUGUCCUUCAGAUUUAUGUGGAAUGACUUCUUUAAGAUCAUUAGAUUUAUCAUAUAAUGGAGAUUAUUCAAAUACAGAAAAUUUCCCAAUGUUCUUUACUUCUUCAUUAACUCGUUUAACUAAUUUCCAUUGUACUAUGAAUGAUAAAGUUAAAUUAAAUAAAUUCUCUUCAUCUUUAAAAACACCAAUUACUGGUCCUGUAAUCUUUACAUCUCAAACACCACUUGAACAUUUUUCAUUAGGAAAACCAAAUUCAAUGAGAUUUAAUUCUGUUGCUAUUUCUAAUGAUACAUUUAGUGUUGGAAGUUCAGAAAUGUGUGGAAAUAGAGAUCAAAUGGAAGAUGCAUUAAUUAUUAUUGAAAAUUUUACUGCUGGUGGUGUUCAUUUAGUUGGAUUAUUUGAUGGACAUGGAGGUGCAGAAAGUAGUAAUUUUGUUGCAUGUCAUUUUGCACGUAUUUUAAAAAAACAUUUAAUGACUGAAAAUAAUUUAGGAAUUGAUGCUGCUCUUAUUGAAACUUUUAAUGAAUUAUCAAAUGAAGUUAAUAAAAAAGAAUUUAAUGAUGGAACUACUGCAUGUGUACUAUUAGUAACACCAAAUGAAUAUUAUACUGCACAUGUAGGAGAUUCACGUGCUAUUGUUGUUAGAAAACAAGAUUAUGAACAAUUAACUGAAGAUGAUAAAGCUUAUAAUGAACAUGAAAUUCAAAGAGUUGUUGAUGUUGGUGGAUAUAUUACUAAAGGAAGAGUUAAUGGUGUUUUAGCAAUUACAAGAUCUAUUGGUGAUGUAAGAUUCCAACCUUUUGUAUCAUCUGAACCUCAUGUAAACAGAUAUGUUAGAAGAAAAGAUACUGAUAUGUGUAUUGUUUUAGGAUGUGAUGGUGUAUGGGAUGUAUUGUCUAAUAGUAAAGUAGCUGAUAUUUGUAGAAAGAAAGAAGGAACUAAAAGAAUGUCUGAAAUUGCAGGUUAUAUAAGAGAUAUGGCAUAUAUUCUUGGGUCUGAAGAUAAUAUUUCUUGUGUUGUUUGUCACUUCUAA